UUUGCCGCAGAGCCCAAAGAAAUAGUUCAACUUCCCCACUGCCACCAUUAUCAUUCGCCACAAGUAAAGAUCAAACAAGCCAGAACCUUGAAUGCAUUUCAGAUACCAGAAGUGACUAUGAAGACACAAAAGAUCCUCAUGAGGAGUUUGGCUGUUGCGCUUACGGCAUCAGUGAUCUGGACUGUUACAGCAGUCGCUGAUAACGUGGAAUCAUGCUGUACCCCAGUCUCCACACCAGAGCUCACUGAUCCUGUCAUCAGUGUCAGGAUCCAAUUUGAAAGUCUUGAGUGUCAGACAGCCAUCGUCUUCAAGACUAAAGAGCGGGAGUUGUGCUCUGAUCCUAAACAACUGUGGGUGAGGAGGAAGGUCAUGCAGUUCUUCAAAAGUAAAGUAACCAAACAGACCUACUAAAUCCUAUGUGACUUUAACGAUACCAUCAUCAUCAUCAUCAUAAUCCGAGGAAAAAUAUGAAAAUGUGUAUACGAUGUAUGAUGAUGUCUGGAGCAACUGCAGCUUGAAACUGCAAAUAAAGUAUGAUC